AUGAGUCGGCAGUGUGACGGCAAGGCCCCGAUAUGCAGUCCCUGCGCGUCGGCGGGUGCCGAAUGCGUUCCGUCGGAGCGCUUGGUGGUCCAGCAGGUCAGCGAUACUCGCGAGUGUGACGUGCUUCGGGCGCGUUUAGAUGCACUGCAGUAUCGCUAUGAUGACCUACUCCGAGAAUUCGAACAGAUGCGCAUGCAGCACAGCACCACUGUCUCCGAUUUACCCAUCUUGGCGCCGAAUCCGCCGAACAAUAACCAUGCUGAUGUCAGACUGCAUAUGGAUGAUGACUUCCCGGCAGGCCCGGAUUCUCGAUCCUCUAGCCGGAUUCUUCGACCCACCUUCUCCCAGCGACCUCAAGCAAAAGGCAUGAAUCGAAGUGCGCUUAGUAGUGCAUGGGAGCUAUGGGGAGAUGAUAUGACGCCGUUCAAUGCCACACCACAACCGGUCAACCUGGCAGAUUUCGAUCAAGCUGUAUACGAGGACCUCGUGGAUGUCUUCUUCACCUACAGAUGGCCUUAUUUGCCAGUUCUACAUCGACAAAGCUUUGUUACUAAACAUUUGUCUCCGUUCCUUGAAGGCCCCGACGUUAACCCAGUGUCCACAUUCAUGGUCAACAUCGUUUGCGCUAUUGCAGCGGCCGAAAGGUCCGGAGUCAGACCAGGGCAUGACCAAAUUCAUCGACUGUUUUUCGAAGCAACAGUCAGGCAUCUGUCCGCCAUUAUGUCAACCGACGACUUUGAAUGCGUCCAGUGCCUACUGCUCCUUUGCAUGUAUGGCCAUAACGAGCCGCAGUCCGUCAACAUAUGGUACACUAUCGGCAUGGCACUUCAGUUGGCCAUCGGGAUCGACCUACACCGCAAAGAGAGUUUGUCAGGUCUUGACAGUCUGCAAGCAGAAAUGAUUAAACGGGUGUUUUGGAGCACAUACGUGAUGAACUGUAGCAUGGCUGUGAACAUGGGUCGACCAUUGGGGAUACAAGACUCUGAUAUCACAACCCCCUUACCACUUCAACUGACUGACGACCAGUUGAACUUCCUCCAGGCAGUUCCUACACCGGUAGAGACUUUAAUAGCACAGUCCACCGACACGUCAACAUUCAUUCAUAUCAUCAAGUUGCGUCGACUGAAUGCAGCUAUUUACCAAGAGUUCCAUUCAAUCGGUAGCACUGCCACCCAGCAAGAGGAGCCCCGUAAGCGGCGGGACUCGUACUUUGCAGAGCUCAAUCACUGGUUGAUCACCGCACCUAGGUACAUCGGCACUGCGUGCACAUUCCAGUCCAUGGAAUGGUUUCAAAUAGCCUUCCAUCACGCCGUCCUGUCGCUAUAUCGACCUUCCCGCGCUGUUCCAAUGCCAUCAUCUAGUGACCUGCGGGUGUGCACCGAGUCUGCAAUUGGCUUGAUCAGCUCGUAUAGCUCGCUCUACGCGAGAAACAAAAUAAAAUAUACGUUUGUUGCUAUCCACUCGCUGUUCAUGGCGGCCGUCACCAUGCUCUACGCCUUGCGAGCCUCGCCACCACUCCGACAAGAACUCACUAAACCUGUCGUACAAACCAACGUUCUUACAUUCCUGACUCUGUUCCGAGGGAUAUCCAAUGGCCGCAUAGUUGGCGAAAAAUGCUCCAACAUUGUCGAACGACUAGGAAAUUCCAUCCUCACCCUGUUUGACGAUGUAUCAACCUCUAAUAAUGCCGUGGAUUCCGAGGUGGACACCGAGUUCCAAUCAUGGUUUGGCCUUCAGACUCAUAUAGCAGCGCCGCAUCCAGUGCUUAGCGAAGAUCCUCAGGGCAUGUCUCCACAUUUCCCUGAUGUCCGGGUCGAUGUUCCGUGGUCUGAUUUGUUUGUCGAAGGGAUUGAUAUUGGUUCCACAGAUUUUUGGAAUAUAUUGUCCUAG